AGCGAUGAUGUCAUUUGUGAAAACUUAGCCUACUCCCUCUAGUGAGAGGCGCUGAUUUGUCUUUCACAUAAUUUUUUUUUCUGCCAAAGUUUUGUGAAGUGGCCGAGUCACGCAGCCUCCGAGGACUAACUUUUCCGCGUUUUGGACGUUCACUAUAAUACGAGCCCUUCAUCCUGGACGGGCUGAAAAGUUUCACGCGAGCGAGAUGAACCGGAGCUUUAAUAAUAAAUCGCGAUCUUUGGGUAGCUUGAACAUGAACGCGGUGGAAGUGAAAAGCAAGUAUGGAGCAGAGUUCCGGAGGAUUUCAGUGGAUCGACUAAAACCCGGCAAAUUUGAGGAGUUCUACAAACUCAUCAUGACCAUCCACCGGAUUGCAAACAUGGAGGUGAUGAUCGGAUACGCUGACAUUCACGGAGACCUCCUCCCCAUCAAUAACGACGAGAACUUCAGCAAGGCCGUGUCCACCGCACACCCCCUGCUGCGAAUCUUUAUCCAGAGACAAGAAGAGGUUGACUACAGCAGCUUUGGCACCAGCACUCUGACCCGGAAAAAGAAGGCCGUGGUCACUCUUCGCAACGACCUGAACCGCAAACGGCCCCACAUCCGCAUCGGCAUGCCUCAGGAUUUCCGUCCCGUGUCGUCCAUUAUUGACGUGGACAUCCUUCCUGAAUCUCACCGGAGAGUUCGGCUCUAUCGGCAUGGCUCGGACAAGCCCCUGGGAUUCUACAUCCGUGAUGGAACCAGUGUUCGUGUUACUCCCCAUGGCUUGGAGAAGGUCCCAGGUAUCUUCAUUUCCCGUAUGGUACCUGGAGGCCUGGCCGAUAGCACGGGCCUGCUGGCCGUCAAUGAUGAGGUCCUGGAGGUCAAUGGCAUCGAGGUCACAGGAAAAACGUUGGACCAGGUGACUGACAUGAUGAUUGCAAACAGCCACAACCUUAUCGUGACCGUGAAGCCGGUGAACCAGCGCAACAAUGUGGUGCGAAGCAGUCGUAUCUCGGGCAGCUCUGGUCAGUCAUCCGACAGCAGCGGUUCGGUGGGAUACCCCGCCAUCACCGCUCCCACUGGUGCCACCGCCAUCUCUCUUGGCUACAGCCCAGAGGAUCUGGAGAGCGACGAGGAGUCGGACAUUGUAAUUGAGAGCAACAUCAAGAGGCCAUCACGACGCUCCAAUGCCUCGGUAGCUUCAACUGCAUCCCGGUCCCAGACACAAACAACCACCGUGACCCCACCCAGCCCCCCUACACGACCCCAAACAAGGCCACCAUCCACAGUGUCCACAGCCUCUUUCCAUUCUCAACCGAGCUUCAAUGGCACAGUGCACAAUAGUUUGAGUUACAAGUUGCACAAGGACCUUACCCUCCAACACCACUCCUACCACAGCAGCAAUCCCUCUAUGCGGGAUAGCAAUGGCAGCUUACACAAAAUCCUCAGUAGCCUGAGGACAGACCCCCGUCACAGCCUGGCUUUACCCAGAGGAGGGGUGGAGGAGGAUGGCACAGUCAUCACUCUAUAAUACAUAUACUCUCCUUAAAAAAUCCAGCCCUCCCAGAGACUCUGCCUUUCAGCCUGGGACAUUAGACUCCACUUUGAACAUCACCAAACCUUAAGGGUUUUGAUUAAUGAAUAAUUUAACAGAAACAAUAUCUGGAAUUUUACUCUUUUAAAUGUUUUUCUAUGUUGUAAUGUCUUAACUGUCACAAAUCUUUCAGAUUUAGUGGCAUGUCUCUUUUUCUAAGCAGAACCACUUUUUUUAUCUUGUCUAUCGGUGUUUCUCAGUUCUUGUUUAGCUCUGGAUCAUUUUAAUCAUGUUUUCUAAAUGUCUCUUGGGACCAGAAAUUGGGCUUAGACCUGUGCUACUUUUGUCUUCUGUUUACGCUUUGUAUCUGAAAACAAGUAUUUGCCCCAGCGUAAUAGAAAAGCCAGUUACAAUGUGCAAAUGGCAAAAUGAAUUUACACUUAAUCAUAAAUACAAACACUUUGUUUGCCCUGCCCAAUCCAAGUUAAUAACUAAAUAGCAUUUAUAUGAAUUAUCAUGAUCUUUUGGUGAUGCAUAUCUGCUGUGUUUAGUACAUCUGUAUGUCACCUCAAUGCUAAUGAAGCCUCACUUCUGACCUCCACUCAGAUAUUUAAUGUUGAUGUAGCCACUGACCCUGCUUAAAGGGAUAGAUCACUACAAAAUAAAAAUUCUGUCAUGAUUUACUCACCGUCAAGUUGCUCCAAACCUGUAAGUUUAUUUCUUCUUUGACUUUCAAAGUUGUUUGUUUGUUUUAGUCAGUGACUACCGUUGACUGUUUGCUUAGUGACAUUCUUCGAAAGUAAGAAUCUGCUUUUGUGUUCAAUAGAUGAAAGAAACUCUUAAAGGUUUGGAGCAACUUGAGGGUGAGUAAAUGAUGACAGAAUUUUCCAUUUUGGGGAGUACUGUCCCUUUAAGUAGUCAAACUUAAGCUAUUAAAUGGAUAAAGUCUUAUAUCAUCCUGUUUUACAUUGGGAAUGCACAGUUUAUACCCAGUAAUUUUGUUUAUAGAGAGAGAGUCUGGAAUAACUUUUGUAUAUAAUUUAAAACCACUGUGGAUGUACCUUUUUUUACUUUGACUGCCUCGCUUUUGUCUUCUUGAACAAAGACUUACCUUCAUAUCCACCAUUUAUGUGCCUUACUGCCCUUCCUACAGACAUAGUUCACUCAAACAGACCAAGUAUUUGGAUCUGUCCACUGGAGAUAUUUUCCUUUUGGUUAAAGCAGGGACAUGGUAUAACACGUGCGUGUGCGAGUCGAAAAAUAUUAGUUGUGAGUCGCCAUCUGCUGGUCACUGCCUAGACUGCCUAUCUUUUGCUGAAAAAUCUUCUUUUUUUUUUUGUGCAUUGCCGUUCAUGUCUUGGUUCAUCUUAUAUGUGUAUUUCUAUUAACAUUAAAUAAAAUUCAUAUAAAUCCAAAACAAGACGAGCUAAAAAAAGCAGAUUUCUUGAGAAAUGUGUUCAACAUUUGUCUUGGGUCUUAAGUCAGUCUUGGAAGGACAGUUUCAGCGUCAUAUUUAUGGUUAAUGCAUUAAAGUUCAGUGUCUAAAUGGUCCUCAAAGCACGAUAUAUUUGUCGGGCAGUCGAACCACAUUUAAAGUGGUAGUUUAAAGCCCAUUUAGUACAAAAAAAAAAA